AUGGCCGGACUCCUUCGUCAAUCCACGCAGCUGGCGCGAGUCGCAAGACAAACACAGCGGGCGACAUUAUGCAGAGCACUGCUGCGCCCGUCACGAGUGGCGCGUCAGUUGCCACUGGCGGUCCGAACCACCUCCCUACCACAUGCCCCUGCCAGGCUAUACUCGACGCAGGGUCCACAACCCCCCAAAGACGAGAGCAAGGAUCCAAUCAAGCCGAACGAAGAUGAGCUGAAGUCCAAGGACGAUGCCGCGGCUCUACUGGAGAAGGAGCGCAAGGACUGGCCCCUACCCGAGGGAUGGACAUACCUGACCGAGGACGAGAUGACGGUGCUUGCCGAAUUUGGCAAGAACGAGAGGUUGCCGCAGUGGAUGCGCGACGAUUUCGCACACAACCUCGAGAGCAUGCGGGUGACGGGCGCGCCCAAGGAGCUCGGCGAGAUGCUGGCGGACCGAAAACCCGGCGACAUGACCAUUGUCGAGAUUGGCAAGUUUCUUCGCGUCAUGAGCAAGAUGGCCAACCGACUGGCAGAGUACGAGACGGCCAAGGAGCUGCGCGAGCAUGGACACGAGGAUGCGGCGAAGCAGGCAGGCCGCAAGGAGAGCACGCAGGAGGGCGAACAGGACAAGAAGUCGGAGCAGGGACAGAAGAAGAAGAAGGACGGCAAGGCGGGCGAUGGCAGUGGUGGCAAGGAUGGCGCCGACGCCGGCAGCCCGUUUGCGAAGAAGUGGUUCCUUGGCCGUUUCAGCACGGGCGACCUCAUCAUGGCUGGUAUCGUCUGGGCUGUCGUCCUGCCCUUCUUCGAGUCGAGCUUCUUCGGCCAGCAGAAGGAGAUUACCUGGCAGGAGGUGCACAAGAACUUCCUCGCCAAGGGCCUCAUCAAGAAGCUCACCGUCCUGUCCAGCGGCAAGGUGCGCGUCGAGCUGAACCAGGAGGGUGCGCAGAACGCGUACGAUGGCUUCGAUCAGAACACCCAGUACUACUUCUCCAUCGGCUCAGUACAGACGUUUGAGCAGCAGCUGGAGCAGGCGCAGAAGGAGCUCGGCAUCCCGUCGGCUGAACGCAUUCCCGUCAACUACGCCAGCGAGGGUGGUCUCUGGCAGGUCGCCAUGGCUUCGGCCCGACCAUUUGCUUGUCGGCCUCCUCAUGUACACCACGAGGAGCCUCGGCGGCGCGGUGGCGGUCAGAUGUUCGGCGGCUUCAGCAAGAGCAAGGCCAAGAUGUUCAACCACGAGACGGCGGUCAAGGUUAAGUUCAGCGAUGUGGCAGGCAUGGACGAGGCCAAGGCUGAGAUCAUGGAGUUUGUCAGCUUCCUGAAGGCGCCUGAGCGGUUCGAGCGCCUGGGUGCCAAGAUUCCCCGUGGUGCCAUUCUUUCUGGACCCCCCGGUACGGGUAAGACGCUGCUCGCCAAGGCAACGGCAGGCGAGUCUGGUGUUCCUUUCUUCAGCGUCAGCGGUUCCGAGUUUGUGGAGAUGUUUGUCGGCGUCGGUUCCUCGCGAGUGCGUGACCUGUUCGCAUCGGCCCGGAAGAACGCGCCCUGCAUCAUCUUCAUUGACGAGAUUGACGCUAUUGGUCGUUCUCGACAGGACGGAAACCGGAUGGGCGGCAAUGACGAGCGCGAGUCGACACUGAACCAAAUCCUGACGGAGAUGGACGGUUUCAACACUUCUGAGCAGAUUGUUGUGCUUGCUGGCACGAACCGAGCUGAUGUUCUCGACUCGGCUCUUACACGACCUGGCCGUUUCGAUCGGCACAUUUACAUCGACAGGCCGACGAUGAAGGGACGACAGGACAUCUUCAAGGUGCAUCUUAAGAAGAUUGUGACCAACGAGGACCUGGAGCAUCUCAUUGGCCGGCUGUCAACACUGACACCGGGAUUCUCUGGCGCGGACAUUGCCAACGUCGUCAACGAGUCUGCACUAGCUGCCGCCCGUGUCAAUGCGCAGUCGGUUGAGCUCAUUCACUUUGAGCAGGCGAUCGAGCGUGUCAUUGGCGGUCUCGAGCGCAAGUCGCUGGUGCUCAAGCCCGAGGAGAAGCGCACGGUAGCGUACCACGAGGCGGGCCACGCCAUCUGCGGCUGGUUCUUCGAGCACGCAGACCCGCUGCUCAAGGUGUCCAUCAUCCCGCGUGGCAAGGGCGCGCUGGGAUACGCGCAGUACCUGCCGGCGGGCGACGCGUACCUCAUGACGGUGCAGCAGCUGAUGGACCGCAUGGCCAUGACGCUGGGCGGGCGCGUGUCGGAGGAGCUGCACUUCCCGACGGUGACGACGGGCGCGAGCGACGACUUCCGCAAGGUGUCGCAGAUGGCGCGCAAGAUGGUGACCGAGUGGGGCAUGUCGGACAAGGUCGGUCCGCUGCACUUCAGCGAGGACCCGAACCAGCGCAGAAAGCCGUUUUUGGAACUGACGGCGCCAGGCGAUCGACGCCGAAGGUGCGCAGCAUUGUUGGCCAAGGGGUUCGCGCAGUGCCCGGGACCUCUGUCGUCGAGGGGGCACCGAGAUUUGGCCUCGUGGCCGAGGAACCUCUGA